AUGUCUGUACACUUUGGUUUUCUGCCGUCAUCCCUUUUCAUCCUUAAUCAGGCUCAAAUAAACCCGACCAUUCCAACUCGCCAAUUGGCAAGGCUCGGCAUAUCAACAGCAUUCUACACCAUCACCUUGCCCCUGAAGUUCUCUCUCGUUGCUAUUUUCAUCUAUACAACUGUUGUAUUACUUUUGAAUAACAUGAACAGAAGGAGACACGGGAAGCCAUGGGUGAUAAACCAAAUGAGGUGGUUCCGACAAGCGGUUAUCCUACAUAAUAUUCUUCUAGCUUUUUAUUCAUUCUUUGGGGCUUUUACGAUCGUACCUGGUGGGGAAACCCUCCAGGAGUUCGUCUUCAUCGGCUGGACAUCUUACAUGUCAAAGUUUUACGAAUUUAUCGACACUGCUAUUAUUCUUGCAAAAGGCCGACAGGCUUCAUUACUCCAUAUCUACCACCAUGCAGGUGUAAUCCUUGUCUCAUGGGCGUUAAAGUUGCAGUACACCUAUUAUGCAUUGAUAUCAAUUCAUGUGGCAGUGCCUCAAUCAGCUAAGGCAGCAAUGACCGCCAUCCAAAUAGUGCAGUUCUUCAUUGACCUUAUUGUGGGUCCAAGCUACCUCUAUGUCUAUUAUGAUGUUUCUGUGGACUAUGUUCGUUGCACCAAUAACAGGAAAAUGGGAGAUUCUUUGGACACACCGGCAUCUAGAGAUGCUGGCGUUAAUGGACAGUCAUAUUGUGACAUACGAACAGUUAGUUGUAUGAACAAGGCUGGCCAUACCUCUGUGGCAUGGCUCGGGAUUUUUUUCAUUCUUUCUUUGACAUGGAUGUUUCUAUAG